AUGGAUAAAUUUUUCGAGUAUAUUAAAAAUCAAAACCUAUCACUUGAAGAUGAAAAAUUAGCAGAUAAAUUAGACCAAUUAGAUCAAUUAUCAUCAAUAAAGGAAGAAUUUUAUUUCCCAAUCACUAAAGAUAUUGCAACAGAUUUAAGUAGAGUUAAAGAUGAAGAUUUAGAUAAACCAGUGAUUUAUUUAACAGGUAAUUCAUUAGGUCUUCAACCAAAAGAAAUUGAAAAACAAUUGGUUUGUAAUUACCUAAAUGACUGGAGAAAGUAUGGUGUUGAAGGUCAUCACAAAGGUGAUCAUCCAUUCAUUCACAUUGAUGAAGAGAUCCAAGCAUCAUUAUCAAAAAUCGUUGGUGCAUUACCUUCUGAAGUUUGUCCAAUGAAUAGUCUUUCAACCAAUAUUCAUGUUUUAUUAUCAAACUUUUAUAAACCAACUCAAACUAGACAUAAAAUUAUUAUUGAAUAUGGUGCUUUUCCAUCUGAUUUAUAUGUAACAGAAUCACAAAUUAGACAUAAUUCAUUUAAUCCAGAAACAAGUUUAAUUAAAAUUAAACCAAGAGAUGGUGAAUAUACAUUAAGAACUGAUGAUAUUAUUAAUGUAUUGAAGGAACAUGGCGAUAGUGUUGCAGUUGUAAUGUUAAGUGGUAUUCAAUAUUUUACAGGUCAAUUCUUUGAUAUGAAGAAAAUCACAGAGGUUGGACAUGAAAUUGGUGCGAUUGUAGGCUGGGAUUUAGCACAUGCUGCAGGUAAUGUCGAAUUAAGUUUACACGAUUGGAAUGUAGAUUUCGCAUGUUGGUGCACCUAUAAAUAUUUAAACUCUGGUCCAGGCUGUAUCGCUGGUAUUUUCGUUCACUCAAAGCAUACUGAAUCAUUCAACCUUUCAACUGAUUCACGUUUAUUAGGUUGGUUUGGUAAUAAACUCUCAAACCGUUUCCAAAAAGAGAAAGAAUUUGUUGCUGAAGAUGGUGCUUUAGGCUUCCGUAUGUCAAAUCCAUCCGUUGCCGAUUGCACUGCACUUCGUGCAUCCUUAAGCGUUUUUGAAAAAGCUGGUGGUAUCAAAAAAUUGGCUGAAAAAUCUACUAUCAUCACUGGUUAUUUGGAAUAUCUUUUAACUCAUAAAUUAAAAACUACUGACGUUCAAAUCAUUACUCCCUCUGAAGCAAAUCAAAGAGGUUCACAAUUAUCAUUACUCAUCAAAGGUAUUAAAGCCUCUCAAUUAAAAGUUAACCUUUCAAAUUCUGGUAUAGUUUGUGAUGUUAGAGAUCCUGAUGUAAUUCGUGUUGCUCCAGCUCCAUUAUAUACUUCUUUUAAUGAUGUUAAAUAUUUCAUUCAAAAAUUAAAUGAAAAUAUGUAA